AUGGCAUCCAUCCCAUCGAGCGGCUCGCUCAUGGCCACGCACAACUACUACAGAAGGCGCCUGAGCUCCACAUCCAGCAACAGCUCCUGCGGCAGCUCCCCGAACCCCGGGGGCCCAGGUCUGCCCAAAUCUGAUCCCGGUCACUGGUGGGCCAGCUUCUUCUUUGGGAAGACGACUCACCCAGCCAUGACAACCGUGUCGGAGUCCCCGGAGAGGUGACCUCUGCGGGUGACAACGGGACCGGUGGCUUGUGGCCUGGGGCCAGCCCCAGGAGCUGGACGGAGGCGCCACAUGAGUGAGCCCAGCUCCGGGCCCUCAGCCUGA